AUGCCAAAAAGUAUUUUCGGGCAGCUCCACUUCUUCGCGCAGGACAAUCGCGGCGGUUGCGAGCAGGCGACGCUUGGCGCGAGCCUCCCACGCUCGGAGGCUGCUAUGGCCGCCGCCGCUGCCACGCAACUUCUUGUCGCAACUUGCGCGCGGCCCGGGGCUACGCACGGCGCGCUCAGCCUCACCGCGUCAGAAUCGCCGGCGGGCAACUCGACCGGGUCGGCGUGCGUCGAUGAGAUGGAGGGCCGAGUCAGGAUAUUUGACGUGCGCACGACGAGCGGAGGGCGAGCGCCGCGCGGGAAGCCAAAUGACCGUCGUUCCUGGGACGUCUCGCAACUCGGCACACCUUGUUUUCACUCGGAGCUGUUCAGCUGCCCCCAGACGAACAACGACACGGCACGGGUCGGCCUGUUGACGACAGCUCACGGCAUUCCGCCGGGGGGAAUCGCCCGGCUCCCCGGUAGCCCCGGAGAGGUUGAAACAGUUUGCGAGCCGCCCCUUGGAGCCACCCAACGGCACCACGACGGGACGGACGACGGGAUGGCUUCGUCGCCAAGGCCAGCGGAGCGAGUCCUGGUCCCGACGGAGCAGACGCCACUUGACAACGACGCCCCGCCACAGGAGCUGAGCGCAGGCGGCGUGGGUACGGGCACGAGCGGCGACCGGGAGCGCGGGACACGCGCCGGCUCGGGCGUUGCCGAGGCCCCGGAAGAACUCCGCUCGAGCGCGGCGCCCGCCGAAGCGAACGCGUUGGCGGGCGCCCCGCUUGAGCCGGAGAGACACACGGGCGGGCGAGCGAGGGAAUGCCUCGCCGCCGAGCCGGUAGGCGAUCGCAAAGCACUCUGGGAGGACGACGAGGGCGGCCGUUGGGUGAAUGCGGGCGGCCGCCCACCGAGAGCUGCGGGAACCGGCAGUGAAAGUGCAGAUGAUGACGAGGGAGCCGAUGAGCUGGCGGCGGUGGCAGUUGCUGCUGCAGGAGAUGCGGACGGUGAACGGCUCCGUGACGGCGUGUGCCGGGUCCCCGCUGGCGCUGAAGGAGUGACACUCUCACGCUCCACAUUUGCAGAUUCCGUCGGACGGUGUGCGGCCGACACGAACGGGAUGGGCGCGAGCUCUCCCCCGGGCCGCUCGGAAACUUCGUGUGCCGCCACACGUGCCUCCGAGCGUGCCUCCGCGCGUGCCGCCAUACGUGCCGGACGGACGAGUGACGGGGAGCGCACCGACCAAUCGCGUUCGCGUCGCAUCCGUUCCGCCCGCGCGGGACGCCGUGAGCCCUCGACACUGAGCAACGGCGACGCAGUCGGGGAAUUGACUUCUACAAGCCUCGGAGAUUGUUGCCCAAGUACAUUGCCAGCUUCGGGGAGCCAGCGAUUUCCCGCGGAUGACGCCCGCUACGGGCGGAGCGUGCCCCCCGAUGUUCCGUGGAAGGGCAGCGCUGAGGGUCGUGUUCGCGAAGACGCUCAAACAGGAGGAGCGGCGGGUGCCGGAGUUACUGGCGAAGAGGCCUGCCGCCCUGCUGAGCAUGAAACAGCGGCAGCUGCUCCUACCGGGAGCAGCACCAACAGCAGCGGCAGCGGCGGCGUGGCGCUGAGCGAUGGAGAGCUGCAGACCCUUCCUCCAGUCUGGGAUCGCAGUCGUUCCCGGAGGAGGGUGCAACGGAGGGGCCUCACGGUGCUGGUGGACGCUCGCUGGGCCCAGCCCUCCCCCGCCCUCUUCAGGGCCCUUGUCGGCCUUCAGGAGGCCGUGCCCGGUGCGCUCCACGCCGUGAUCGUCUUCGUGGAACGGGAGCCCGGAUUCCGCGUGGAGGAAGCCCUCAACGUGCACUACGAGGUGGUGACUUCGUUGCGGUCGCUGCACAAGCACGUGGAGUGCGGACAGCUUCCCCGCGAGCUCGCGGGAUCCUUCCCGUACAGCCACUCGGACUGGCUGCGCUUUCGCAGGAGGCUGGAGCCGUUUGUGCGCGAAUGUGAAGAGGCGACGCGGUUCCUGCACAGCUCCGUGGAGGCGCUCCGCUCCGCUCCAGCGCCACAGUCCGAGGAGGAGGCGGCGGCCGAGCGGGAGAGGCAGGGCCGCAUGAUGCGCGCGGCGCUGCAGGACGCGCGCCUCGUGGGCCUGCAGCUGGAGGGUGGCGCCACGCUGGCGCGUCUACGCAAGGAGAGCGCCGGCGCCACCGCCUCGUCCGACUGCAGAGACGCGGUGGAGAGAGCGACGCGGCUGUAUGGGCAGGCGGAGGAGCAGGUGCACAACCUCGUGAUGCUGUCCAACGCCUGCGCGCACCGCCUCGACCGCCUGCUGGCGUACUGGCCCUUGCAGAAGAGGGCCACGCAGGUGCAAAGCUGGCUGGAGCAAGAGGGAGAGCUCGGACUGCGGUGUACGGACGCUCUUCCGGACUCUCUGGCUUGCCUGCGCACCGCUCACCAGGAGUUCCAGAGCUUCUACGCCAGAGCCAAGGAGCGCUGCGACGACGCCGCCGACGUCCUGCGGGAGCUGGAGCCGUUUAGCGACGCGGAGCCCGGCCUGGAGCAGUGCGCCAGGACCGCGCGGGAGCUGCGGUCGCUCGCCGACGACUUCCGCCGGCGUCUGGAGAGCCGGCGGGCCCACGUCCAGCAGGCCGUGCGGCUCUACACCUUCCUGGACAGGGCGUACGCAUGGUCCUUGGAGCGGAUCCGCGGGCUGGCGAGGCUUCACUCUCUCCGCGACGCCGCCGCCGCCACCGCCGCGGAGAAGCACGUCGCAGCGGAGGCGGUGGUGAGGCGCUUGGAGGCGCUCUCCCGGCGCAGCCCCGACAUCCCGGCGGCCGAGUUUGCCGAGAUGGAGGAGGUGGCGCGGGGGUUGGCGCGCGACGCCGGCCACUCUGGCGCCCUGCGCCAGCUGCAGUUUGCCCGGGGCAAGUGUCGCGAGGCCGGCCAGGACUUCUCGCGCAAGCUGGAGGCGGCGCUCCGGACGGCCGCCGCGGGGGGCCACCGCCCGCGCGGCCGCGGGGAGAGCGUCGCGUCGCCGGCGGAGGGCGGUCGGGAGGCCGACGCGUUCGGCGGGGAUGCGUCGGACGGGUCGCCGGAGAGCUCGCGCGCGGACAAGCCCGCGGGGGCGCGCCGUGACUCCCGCCGGGAAGAACGCGAAUCGCUCGAGAGUUUGGUCUUCAAGGGGAUGGACUACUGGACGUCGGACCGCAUGGUGGGCGACCCGGCGGGGGAUGAUGCGGCAGACCCCGAGGCAGCGGACACGCCGAGCCCCGCGCCCAAGAGCGAGUCCCGGCAGCGAUGCUACAGCGUCAACGACAUGCGCGUCGACGAGCGCUCCGAGUUCAGGGGGCCGGCCGCGGAACGGCCGCCGCCGCCCCUCGCCGGCCACAGGGAGGGGCGGCUGCUGAGCGCGCCCGUCGGCGGGCCCGACCCGCGGGACGGCUCGGGCGACGCGCGCCCCGCCAGGAAGGCCGGCAGGGAAGCUCGCGGCGGCUUCGCUCUGGAGCACGCGCACUCGUUCCUCGCCAACUGCAAGGCGGUGCUGCUGCGCGACAAGCGCAGGCCCUUGCGGGCGGCGGACGACCGCGCCGACGGGCAGCCGGCCGCCGCCGCCGAUUGGCGCAGGAGCCUCAGCGCCCUCGAGUCGAUCGACGGGGACGUGGUCGCCCGUGGCGACGGUGCGGCGCGCUCGCCGCAGCGGAGUCCCGCCAGGUCGCCCUCGGCCCGCGGCGGCGGCGACGGCGCCGGCGGCAGCGGCUCACGAGCGCAGCAGCAGCAGCAGCAGCAGGCGCAGCAGCAGGCGCAGCAGCAGCAGCAACAGCAGCAACAGCAGCAACAGCAGCAGCAGCAGCAGCAGGGCGGCGCUCGGCCGCCCCUGCGGAGGCUCGUCAAGGUGCACAGCAUGGACGCCGGCAUCGGGCGCAGCAUGGAGGCGCUGGGCGGCAGCGGCGCCGCCGGCGGCCUGUACCAGCGCGAGCCCGUGCUGCGGCGCGGCAACACGGGGGUCUACAUCCGGGGGCUCGAGGUGGGCAGCACGGUGGCCGUGGAGACCGGCUUCCUGCCGCGGUCGACAUCGCACAGCGCCCUGCACUCGAGCCAGCAGCAACAACAGCAGCAGCAGCAGACAGGAAGUCAGCAGCUGUCGCCCACGCACCGCCGGCCUGCGCUCCUCCGCUCGGGCAGCCUGCCCGUGGCGCCCGUGCAGGGCCGCUUCUCCGAGACGGAGAGCCACAGCCGCGGGAGCAAGCUCCGGCACGUGGUGGCGGAGAUGAUCGACACGGAGCGCGAGUACGUGCGGGCGCUGGCCUUCGUGGUGGAGCACUACGUGCCGGAGCUCGACGGGCCGGGCACCACGACGCCGCCCCCGCCGGCGGAGCUGCGCGGCCGCCAGAACGCGCUGUUCGGGAACCUGCGCGGGAUCCUCCGCUUUCACGAGGGCUACUUCCAGCGCGAGCUCGAGCAGUGCGCCGUGCACCCGCUACGCGUGAGCCACUGCUUCCUGCGACACGCGAAGCAGUUUGAGAUGUACGCUCUCUACAGCAAGAACAAGCCACGCUCCGACGCCCUGCUCGCCAGCCACGGCAUCGCCUUCUUCCGGCGGAAACAGCUGGAGCUGGAGGACAAGAUGGACCUGGCCUCGUACCUCCUCAAGCCCAUCCAGCGCAUGAGCAAGUACGCGCUGCUGCUUCGCGACAUGAUCAAGGAGAGCGCGGGGGCAGAGUCGGCGGGCGUGGUUGUGGGGGGGGGGCCCUCCUCCCCCCCCCUCCCGGAUGCCCCCUCCCCCGCCGCCGCCGCCACCGGCGCCGCCUCCGAGCAGGACUUGGAGGAGCUGCGCGCCGCGCUGGAUCUCGUCAAGUUCCAGUUGCGGCACGGAAACGACCUCUUGGCCAUGGACGCCAUCCGCGAGUGUGACGUGAACCUCAAAGAGCAGGGCCAGUUGCUGCGUCAGGAGGAGUUUGUGGUGUGGCACGGCCGCAAGAAGAUGCAGCGCAGGGUGUUCCUCUUCCAAGAGCUGGUGCUCUUCAGCAAGACCAAGCGUGCCGAGGGAGUGCAGGAUGUCUACGCGUACAAGAGCUCCUUUAAGACGGCGGAGCUGGGGCUCACCGAGAGCGUGGGCGAGGAAGGGCUGCGCUUCGAGAUCUGGUUCCGCCGCCGGAAGUCGAGCGAGGCGUUCGUGCUGCAAGCGCCGACGCCCGAGCUCAAGCUGGCAUGGACGAGGGACGUGUCGCGCAUCCUGUGGCAGCAGGCGACGCGGAACCGCCAGGUGCGCAUGCAGGAACUGUCUUGCAUGGGCAUGGGGGGGAAACCCUACAUGGACAUCCGUCCCAGCGCCGCGGCCAUCAGCGACCGCGCCAUCGAAUUCUUCACCAGGGGCCGUGGGACGCGGUCGCGAGCCUCCAUCGCCGUGUCGUCCUUCGACCACUCGGGCCAGACCUCGCCGCACCGCUCCGCCUUCCUGUCGCCAGUGGGCGGCCAGGCGUUCGGCGGCCUCUACUCCUGCGUGGGUCCCGGCGGCGGCGGCGGCGCCGGCGGCGGCGGUCCCUUGCUCAGCCCCGGGCGGAUGGCGGCCGCCAACAGCGAGUUCCAGUCCUGCAUCCAGGAGGAGGAGGACGCGACGGAGCCGGACACGGGCAGCCAGCCGUCCGUGGCCACCGCCAGCACAGACUCGCUGUCGCAGUGCACGUCCAGCGGCAGCGGCGACAGCGGCUGCAGCUCGCGCUUCCCGUACGACGCCUCUGCCGAUGAGGUGGGCGCCCCCCCACCUCUCGCCCGAGCCCCUCUCGGCCCCUUCCCCGGGCGAGGGCUCCGCCCGGCCGGAGCGCCGCCAUCCCCGGCGUCGUCGGGCGACGAAUCGCAGGCCCUCGCCGCGGGCCGCGGGCCAAGCUGUCGGCCCAUGCAGGCGAGCGGCACCUCCGAAGGCGGCGCGCGUUACGGCCCCCGUGGCAAUCGGGCAGAGGGCACGCGCUGGCAGGCGGACGACGCUUCUCGGCGUAAUGGUGACAAGAAGGGAGGAGGCAGCUUCCCGUGCAGCCCAUCGACGCCCUUGUGACACCUGCCACCUUCCGCUCUCACGUUUCCACUGCGCUGGAGAGAUGAGGCGUCGGGGAGGGCAUGUGGACGGAGUGCCUGAAGACGUGUUUACACAUUUCCACCGUCCUUGUGCCAUCAGCGCCAUCAGCGCCCGCUGCAGUCGUCGUUCAUUCACGAAAGGGGGCAAUGGUGGGCGGGGGGCAAGGGGCAUUGUCGUUUCUUGGUUCUCACGCGAGCACUGCAUCGGCCACUAUCGUGCAAAGUGCAAUACGACAUUGUGGUACUUGCUCUAAAUUAAUUGCCACUUCACCAAAAAGGGUGGCUUUAAAUAUCCCGCAUUGUAGCAGAGGCAUUUAUUAGUUCAUCCAUUGCAGUAUGUGAGGUGUGUCACUUUUAUAUAAUUUUAAAGCACCCUUGUUCCUCGCAGUAACUGUCUUUAUAAUAUAUAUUUGACUCGUCUUGCGUUUAUUUAAAGAGUUUUAAGAUUCCCUUGAACGUUAGCACUUCACGUUUUGUCCGUCGCUCUGACGCAACUGCUGCCACCGCCACCACCUCCACCGCCGCCACCACCACCACCACCGCCACCGCCACCACCACCACCGCCACCGCCGCCGCCACCACCACCGCCGCCACCUCCGCCACCACCGCCACCGCCACCAACACCGCAGCCGCCACCACCGCCACCACCAACACCGCCGCCACCACCGCCGCCACCACCACCACCUCCACCACCACCGCCGCCACCACCACCACCUCCACCACCACCGCCGCCACCACCACCACCUCCACCACCACCACCGCCACCAACACCGCCGCCACCACCACCACCGCCACCAACACCGCCGCCACCACCACCGCAGCCGCCACCGCCGCCACCACCACCACCUCCACCACCACCACCGCCACCAACACCGCCGCCACCACCACCGCAGCCGCCACCACCGCCACCACCGCCACCAUGCACGCGCGUGUGUUGGCAAUAUGUUCAAAGCCAGUUAAUGGAAGGGGCAUUGUGACACUGUCACCACCACCACCACCCCCCCCCCCCCCUCUGUUAAAUCUGCUUUUGAAACAAGCGGCCAGUAACAUUGCAUGUAAAGUCGGUGGCUUGUGAUUAAGGGCUGGGGGUUAGGGGGUGAUUGAGCCACCAUUGACCGCCCACUUGUUACUCACUCCGUAGGCAUGCGCGUGGCACGUGUCGGGGUGGUGGUGGUGGUUGUGGUUUGAGAUGAAACGAUCGUCAAAUGGAAACGUUACCCACACAGCAUCUCGAAUUGACCCGCCCUUGAAGGAAGCCAUGUCCGUGUACAUAAAGUGGCCUGCCCGGCAGUGCCGGAUGAAGUUUAGUGCGGGGCCUGUAGCAUAUGAUGUUAUAACGGGGCCCAAAUUUACAACAACAAAAACACGUAAAUAUUAAAACACAAAUGCGUUACUUGAAUAGUAAUUGUAUAUUUGCAUUUGCUCUACGGCCAGAUAAUGCGACAAAUCGCUAACCUUGAACACCCAGUGGUCGUUCGUAAAAGUCGAAGGCGGUAUAGUACUAUAGUAAUAGAGCAAGUGCAGAAUCACCGAACCGGAAUUGAUAGCUUGAAAGCAUUUCGCGCGGGGCCCUUGAAAGUGCGGGGCCCGUAGCUACUACACGUGUAGUAGUAGCUACUACUACAUGUGUAGUAGUAGCUACUACUACACGUGUAGUAGUAGCUACUA